AUGAGAAAAGCUGAAUUUAAACUUGGAGGUGGACUUUGGAGAACAAUGAUUGAAGAUGUACAUUUUGAAAAAAGAGAUUGGGCAAUAGGUGGAAUAUCAACAUCCUUAGAACGAUUACAACUAGCUGAUUUUACAACAAUGCUACACAUGGAAAGUUAUACAGCAUUUUAUACCGUUUCCGAAACAAAACCAGAAGAUCUUCAUGGAAUUUUAAGACCUUUUGAGAUCACUUCAUGGUUUUUUUUGAUACUUUUAUUAAUUUUAGUUGGAUUUAUUUUGGGAGUUUCACAAAGAAUUCAAAAAAAUCAAUUUUACACCUUUAUGCGUAUACCAUUUCGGAAUAUCAUCGAUCAAACUGUACCCAGAUUAAAAUUAAACUUAAUUACCACACGAUUAAUACUUUCGGUAUGGUUUUUAGCGUCAAUUAUAUUAACAACAGCCUAUAAAAGUAAAUUAGCUUCAACAAUGAUUAAACCGAAAAUUUUGGAACCAAAUACCGUUAUCGAUUUGUAUAAUCAAGGUUAUUCCUUCCAAGUUAAUACUGAAGAUUGGACCGUUUUGAAAGAAAGUUUAUUAAAUUCGAUUGAUAAACGUUAUAAAGAUUUACUUGAUCGUUGUUUUGAUGAUUUAGAUUUUUGUGAAGCAGUUAAAAAGACUUUUAAUAAAAAAGUUGCUGUAUUUGAUGAAGAAACGGCGAUGCCUUUCAUUAUUUUUAAUACUUGUCGUGAUUUAUUUGGACCAAAUGAAAUGGUUCGAUUUCGAUUGGUAAAGCAACAAUUGUUUCCUAGUGUACAUGCUUGGCCUUUACGUCUUGGAGCACCUUAUCGACACCGUUUUUCAUCAACCUUUCAAAUUUUAAUUUCAGCUGGAAUUGUGGAACAUUGGUAA